AUGUCACGGCCUAGGCAAACAUUUCGUAAAGAUACCAUCAAUCCUUCUAUCUUAGAAGUAGAAUACGCCGUGCGUGGAGAAAUCCCCACAAAAGCCGCGGAGUAUGAGCGGCGCCUCGAGACAGGUGAAAAGCUCCCAUUUGGAUCUAUCGUGUGGACGAACAUCGGCAAUCCACAACAACAGCCAAUGCUAGGACAAGAACCUAUCACUUUUUGGCGUCAAGUGGCUUCACUGACAGAGUAUCCCCAGCUGUUAGACUUGCCAGCACAUGUUCGUGAUGCUACGUUCCCAACCGAUACACAAGAGCGCGCGCGUCAAUUGCUUGAUGCCUUUGGAAGUGUUGGCGCCUAUACGGCAUCGAAAGGUGUGCCGCUGGUGCGUCAGCAUGUUGCGGAAUUCCUAGCAGCCCGUGAUGGAUUUGACGAAGACUUAGAAAACAUCUAUCUUACGGCUGGUGCGUCCGCGGGGAUCUCGUUGCUAUUCCAAGUGCUGUUUCGUGCGAAGAGAGAUGGUAUUCUGAUACCUAUCCCUCAAUACCCGUUAUACUCGGCGUCUGUAUCGCUACUGGAUUUAGUGCCAAUGCACUACCAUUUGAAUGCAGAACAACAUUGGGACCCGUCUAUAUCCAACAUCAAGACACAGAUCGACGAAGCACGUAAGAAUGGCAUUGAGCCGCGCGCUAUUAUUAUGAUCAAUCCCGGAAAUCCCACUGGUAACUGUAUGACACGUGAGCAGAUUGGCAAUGUGAUCAGGUUGGCUUACGAGGAGAGCUUGGCUAUUUUUGCCGACGAAGUGUAUCAAGAGAAUAUAUACCAGAACCGGCGCCCGUUUGUCUCAUUCCGCCAAGUACUUUUGGAUCUUAAAAACAGCUCUGAUGCCACAGAGCGUCAUAUUAGUGAGACCGUCGAGCUUGCAUCGUUCCACAGUAUCAGCAAGGGCAUGGUGGGAGAAUGCGGUCGACGUGGGGGAUUUUUCGUUUUGAACAAUUUUGACAGAGAAGUGGAAGGACAAAUCAAUAAGAUUGCCAGUAUUGCACUCUGUCCACCCGUGCAAGGCCAAAUCGGAGUUGAUUUGAUGGUUCGUCCACCAAAGCCGGGUGAUCCAAGUUACGAGCUUUGGAAUUCGCAAAUGCAGUCGAUUUUCCAGACCCUCAAUAAACGGUCAAAGCGAAUUGCUGAAAGCUUAACCAAGCUCCCUGGUAUUGAAGCAGACCCUGCUAUGGGUGCUAUGUACGUUUUUCCUCGUGUGCAUCUUCCAAAGUCUGUGGCCGAAGAGGCGCAAAGAAAUGGGAAAAAAGUAGAUGAGUUCUACUGUCGUAAACUUCUGGAUGAAACUGGUAUUUGUGUGGUUCCUGGUUCUGGAUUCGGCUAUGAGCCAGAAGUGCUGGACGAUGGAUCGACAUACUCAUAUUUCCGGACGACCGUUCUAGCGAAAGAGACUCAAGCUUUUAUCGAUCGUUUUACAGCAUUCCACGUAGCCUGGAUGAAAAAGCACAAAGAUUGA